AGAGGGGGAGCCGGGAACCCACUGAGGGCAGAGUCCGGGCGGCCCUGGCGGCGGGGCGAUGAAGCCUCCGCCUUCUCGGGCAGAAGCCUUUAAAUACGGGCUCAGGCCCGGGACUCGGAGUUUGGCGUUUGGCAGCCUGAGGGAGGGGCGUGCAGUGCGAGGAGGUACGGCGGAGCAGGGCGUGGGUGCAGAAGCUGCGGCAGCGCGGCCCGCAGGACGGUGCUGUCCGAGCGUUCGGGAUAUAAGCAGCCGCUCCGCUGGGUGCUUGAAGCGGGUAAAAGCAGCCGCUCCGCUCGGUCCUUGAAGCAGUACAAUCAUGUUUGAAAUUAAGAAGAUCUGCUGCAUCGGUGCGGGCUACGUUGGAGGACCCACAUGUAGUGUCAUUGCUCACAUGUGCCCUAAAAUCAGGGUGACAGUUGUUGAUGUCAACGAGUCAAGAAUCAAUGCAUGGAAUUCUUCUACACUUCCUAUUUAUGAGCCAGGACUAAAAGAAGUGGUAGAAUCUUGCCGAGGAAAAAAUCUAUUUUUUUCUACCAAUAUUGAUGAUGCCAUCAAAGAAGCUGAUCUUGUAUUUAUUUCUGUGAAUACACCAACAAAAACCUAUGGAAUGGGGAAAGGCCGUGCAGCAGAUCUGAAGUAUAUUGAAGCUUGUGCUAGACGCAUUGUACAAAACUCAAAUGGGUACAAAAUUGUGACUGAGAAAAGCACAGUUCCAGUGCGUGCAGCAGAAAGUAUUCGUCGCAUCUUUGACGCAAAUACAAAACCCAACUUGAAUUUACAGGUAUUGUCCAACCCUGAGUUCUUGGCAGAGGGAACAGCCAUCAAGGACUUAAAGAACCCGGACAGAGUACUGAUUGGAGGGGAUGAAACCCCAGAAGGCCAGAGAGCCGUGCAGGCCCUGUGUGCUGUAUAUGAGCACUGGGUUCCCAGGGAAAAGAUCCUCACCACUAAUACUUGGUCUUCAGAGCUUUCCAAACUGGCAGCAAAUGCUUUUCUUGCCCAGAGAAUCAGCAGCAUUAACUCUAUAAGUGCCCUGUGUGAAGCAACAGGAGCUGAUGUAGAAGAGGUAGCAACAGCCAUUGGAAUGGACCAGAGGAUUGGAAAUAAGUUUCUGAAAGCCAGUGUUGGUAAACUAAAAGUUAUAGACAUGAAUGACUACCAGAGGAGGAGGUUUGCUUCCCGAAUCAUAGACAGCCUGUUUAAUACAGUGACUGAUAAGAAGAUAGCUAUUUUGGGGUUUGCAUUCAAAAAGGACACCGGUGAUACAAGAGAAUCUUCUAGUAUAUAUAUUAGCAAGUAUUUGUUGGAUGAAGGUGCACACCUCCAUAUAUAUGACCCAAAAGUGCCCAGGGAACAAAUAGUUGUGGAUCUAUCUCAUCCAGGUGUUUCAGAGGAUGAUCAAGUGUCCCGACUCGUGACCAUUUCCAAGGAUCCAUAUGAAGCGUGUGACGGGGCCCAUGCUGUUGUCAUUUGCACCGAGUGGGACAUGUUUAAGGAAUUGGAUUAUGAACGCAUUCAUAAAAAAAUGCUGAAGCCGGCCUUCAUCUUUGAUGGACGGCGUGUCCUGGAUGGGCUCCACAGUGAACUGCAGACCAUUGGCUUCCAGAUUGAAACAAUUGGCAAAAAGGUGUCUUCAAAGAGAAUUCCAUAUGCUCCUUCAGGUGAAAUUCCAAAAUUCAGUCUUCAGGAUCCACCUAACAAGAAGCCUAAAGUCUAGACAUUGCCGUGAUUGUUUGUGAUUUUUUUUUUUCCGGUACUUUAGGAUUAGCAAAUAUCUAUUGAUGUUAAAUGGUAAAUGAACCAAGUGUUUUUAAGGAAACGAAAUUAUUUUUUUAAUGAUCAAAUUUAUAAUAGCUAUAUGGGUAUUAGCAUAUCUGGUAAUUAUGAAUCUAGAAUAUUUUUUACAUAUUUUUAUAUUGUUUGGUUAUUGGAUGAGUAGAAAAACAAUCAUGUUGGUUUUAAUGGUGUCAGUUUUUGUAAAAUAAAAAUUAAACCAAACACCUCUUACUUUAUAAAUUGUCCAUAAGUAGCACUUUAAUGUCAUAUUGUAAAGGGAAAGACACUGCAGUUUUCCUGGUCACUGGUUUGUCAGUAGGUAUGUAUUUGAAAGCCAUGAAAUUACUAGACUAAAUAACCUUCACAAGUAUGGUUAAAGUCUGUGUUCCUUUUAGUUUCAAUGAGAUGUGUCACUGAUUUUUUUUUCCUUAGCUCACUUCAGUAUGUUUAAAAGACUUUUUAACACGAAGAGAAAAUCAAUAGUAUUUUCUAUUUCCCUCCCCUUUAUUUCUUAGUUUUCCCCAUUGCUCAUUAUUUUUGUAGUCCAAGAGCCAAAAAUAUUUGUUACCUUGAUUUUGCCUUUUUCUUUCUACUCUAUUGUAAUUUUUAUUUUUUUUCUUUAAAUAAGAAAACCAAUAUAUCUCAUAUAUAAACUUAAGUAGAUUUUAUAGAUUACAUAUAACAUCACUCUAAAAUAGGAACUGUGUGCAUAUCCAUCUGCUUUUUUCUUAUGUCUCUUGUUGACUUUACAUUUGCAGUGGUUUUUGCUUUUGUUUGAUCAUUACUGAAAUAUGUCACGAGUCCAUGUGAUGCUUGUGCUCUGCUAAGAAUGUACAAAUGUGUUAAAUAGAUGUACAUCUCAUCCUUUGGGAAAUUUGCAGUAAAAAGAGAGAGAUAGAUGUAAAGGUGAGGACAGAUACAUCUGUACAGAUUAACAAAUACAUGAAUAAAACAUUCUGCAUCAACAGC